GUUAGCCUUGAGUCGGCGCAGGCGUGUCAUUAUUCGAGUAAACAGCUGUUCAACCUCGGUCGCGUACACAAACAUUACAAAAUCAUGGAGUUUAAUGAAAAAGUUGUGCUCAUCACUGGAGCCAGUUCGGGUAUAGGAGCAGCUACCGCGAUCUAUUUAUCAAAGUUAUCAGCAAAAUUGGCUUUAGUUGGAAGAAAAGAAACCAAUUUACGAAGGAUAGCGUUAUACUGCGAGAAAGCUAAAGGUGUGAAGCCGCUUGCCAUAACAGCUGACGUCACAGACGAUGGAGACGCCGAGAGAAUCAUCCGGGAAACCGUCGAACACUUCGGAAAACUAGACGUGCUUGUAAACAACGCCGGCGUCAUCGGAAUGGGCGGCAUCAAGAACUCCAACAUGGAAACUUACGACAAAGUUAUGACUACGAAUAUGCGCUCAGUGUAUCAUUUAACCAUGUUAGCGGUGCCCCAUUUGACGGAAAGUAAAGGUUGUAUCGUCAACAUUUCUAGCAUCGCCAGUACAAAGCCCAGCACGAUGGCGCUUGCGUACAACAUAUCGAAAGCCGCUGUAGACCACUUCACUAAAUGUGUUGCGCUCGAAUUAGCGGCAGAUGGCAUUAGAGUGAAUUCUGUAAACCCUGGCUUCGUGAAAAGUAAUUUGUUGAGAGAUAUCGGCUUGAGUGACGAUCAAUUGGAAUUAUUCGUGAAGAAUGUUGUUGGUAAUAUGCCUUUGAAAAAACCAGUUGAGGGAGAUGAGGUUGCUGCGCUCAUUGCGUUUCUAGCCAGUGACAAAGCGAAGAGCAUUACUGGCUCGCAUUACGUUAUAGAUGGCGGUAGUUUAUUACGUUAGACAAAAUAAAAAUAAAUUAAUUUAUCAUGUUUGAUAUAUUAAGAUAAUAUUACCAAUUAUUUAAAAACGAGAUGCUAUUUUAAAUGUAUAAAUGUAUAAGUGGUAAUUUAAUAAUGUGUUCUGAAUUAGUAAAAAUGUCAAUACUGCAUCUUUAAACAUAGAACAAAAACUAUGAAUUAAAAUUGAUAAGUAUUAGAUACCAUUACUAGUUAUAUUUUAGCGUUUUUUGUGAUGUAUAAAGGCAUUUUCGAAGGUAUCUGUUAAGGCUUUAUGUUUUCUAGUCCUUAUUUGCUAACAAAAACUUAAGUAUCGAUUGUAAUUUUGCUAAAUAAUCAAGAAUCUGCACAAUUAUGUAACCACGUAUUCUUAUUGUAUAUUAUUUACCUAUCUUAAUAAAAACAUAAUCUUGUGAAGAUCUGCCAUGCUUUGUGCCAACUCUUAUACGUAACAUCUGGUUUAAAAACGUUACUAAGGGGAUGACACAAUGUUUAAUAAUAUUAAUACAGUACCUACCUUAUGUAGAUAGUAAAUCAAUGUUAAAAUUGCGAACAGUCCAUAAUCGAUUUAUUCGAUUCAGUAAAUACUACCGAAUAAGUACACAUUCAUACUUCUCAUCGAUUAUGUGCUUGCAACUUUUACGCCAUAAGCUGUAAUAUGUUCGUAUGAAAUGCUAGAUGUAUUACUUAUUAAUAUAUUUUUAAAUCAUUAUUAUUUGGAAAAUAUUAAAUCAAUUAUAUUUGCAA